UGGCUCUUUAGUCCUUUCAAAGAUUUAUAUUGCUUAACAGUAGGUCUUUGCCUUUCCUCACUUGUAAAAUCAAUAUUUUUUAAAUGAAAAAUAGCAUUGUUAUAAGUCUAAAUCUAUAAAGAACAGUUAUAACUUUUUAAGGAAGUGGGUGUUAACCAAUUUUAUUGGCAAUUCUUCAUUAAUACGGGAAAAACCUAAAUUAAAAGAUGCCACCUCCACCAAAAAAAGCUCCUACAAAAGGAGCCAAGCAAAUAUUGGUGGAAAAUGAAGCUACAAUCAGCUUCUAUAGGAACAUGGCAGGAGCUUCUGGAUUAUUCUACAACUCUGUUAUGUUUGGAAUUUACCAUGAUGAAGUCCGAUCCUGGUUAAUGUUCAUGAAUGUGUUUGUGUUGGCUAUUUACCUUGCGUGCUACCAAUUGAUGAGAUACAUAAGUCGGCCAACAUAUUCUGAACUUGGACUUCUUAUCGACCCAGGCCUGGAUCUAAACAUGGAAGGUGGAAUGGGCGAGCAUAUCAAAGACAUAGUAAUUCUAACAGCAAUAGCACAUAUCACAGCAGUGAUGUCCAAUUACUUCUGGCUCCUAUUGUUUCUCAUACCUGCUCGUGCAUUUUGGCUUAUAUGGAAGAAUUUGUUAGCUCCAUGGUUGUUCCAAGAGGCACCUGAAGACACAGAGCAAGAUGAAAAGAAAAGGAAGAAAAUAGAGCGCAGGAUGAGGCGCCAUCAGUAAAUAUAAGAACUUCUAUUCUCAAAAUAAAUUAUGUCGUAGAUUGAAAUAUUUUGAUUAUCUACAUCUAUCUAUGUUAAUUACUCUGGAACACAGUUUGAAAUCAUUAUUGUAAUUUACUUGGUCAAUACCAAAAUGCAUUGGUUCGUUACAAUCUAUUGUUCGAAAUUAUAUGUCAAUUAAGGUGAACAUAAAAUUUUGCAAAAAAUUAAAAAACCAAUUUACUCUUAAAAUUUUUAUAAUUAAUUUACUGAUCCAUUCGAACAGUAUAUUAAAAAUAUCAAGUAAUUAUGUUCUAAAACUAAGGCAAUGCUUUGAAUAAACAUGGACUCUAAAAUUUCUUAGAAUAUUCUCACUUCUUCAAUGAUUCUUUUGGUUGUUUUUGACAUUUAAAUGAAAGUGAAGGAUAAAAUACACAUUACUUACCUUUAAAGUCCAACUAACAUGGUAAAAUAGGCCAUGUAUGUUUUAUAAAUUUAAUAAAUUAGACUUUCCUAUUAAGGUGCUAAAAACAUUGGAUUAAAUUCAUUCUAUCAAAAAAUUUGGCAAUUUUGGGACAAGCUCAAGUAACUUUACAGAUUUAUGAAAGUUCAAUGGUUUCAUUUUUAUAUCUUCAAACCCUUUUUAUAUUUCUAUUCUUGGUGUUGUUAUAUUUCUUAUUCUUAGCGGUUUUUACUAGGUGUUCUUAAACAUAACAUAAAUGUAAUAGAUGUAGUUGAACUAUAUGGUGUAAUUAAUAUUAUUAUUAUAUUUAAUUUGUAGAUUAUGGUUUAUUAAGAAAAGUGGUAAAAUAUUAUUUAGUUUGUUUUUAUUUAAGCUUUAAAUUUAUAAAGUUUACGGCUAAAAUGAUUGGUAUUACAGAUAAAUGUUUUUAAAGCUCUGGAUGUAUUUUGUGUAAUGUAAUCAUCAAUAUAAUGGAUGUUUGUGAAAUCAUAAUGUAUAUCAAUUAUAUUUAAUAAAUUCUGAUGGUCA